ACAGCGUCCGGAAGUGACGUUACACAUCUGGUCGGCUUCCCGCUUGAGUGUUGUGUCGACUUCAACAUGGCGGCUCCGCUGGAGGUAAUCGUGAGCAGCGACGCCGGUUCGCAGCUCUGGAACUGCACCGUGUUCGACCUGCACAGCGGAUCCAGCCUGCUGUCCUACCGGGGCGGGAACAGCGCGAGCCGGAGCCUCGAGGUUCUCCGCGGGGAAUUCCUGCUGUCCGCGCAGCUGGGCAAGAACUUCAUCAACGUGUGGGAGAUCCAGAGGAAGGAUCAGCUGCAGCAGAAGAUUGUGUGUCCAGGUGUGGUCACCUGUCUGACUGUGUCCCCUGAUGGACUCUUCCUCGCUGUGGGAGUUUCUGAGGCCGUUUACCUGUGGGAGGUGUGUACAGGUAAGCUGCUGUCUGUCCUCAGUCGACACUAUCAGGACGUCACCUGUCUGAAGUUCACCGACGACAGCAGCCAUUUUGUUUCUGCAGGGAAAGACAAUCUGGCGCUCGUUUGGAGUCUGACCAGUGUCAUCCAGCUGGAUGUAAAUCACGCCCCUGAGCCCCGUCACGUCCUAUCUCGUCACUCUCUACCAAUCACAGACCUGCACUGUGGCCUGAUGGGAGCCCAGGCCAGAGUCGCCACGGCAUCAUUGGACCAGACUGUAAAGGUAUGGGAGCUGUCCUCUGGCGAGUUGCUGCUGUCCGUCCUCUUUGAUGUGGAAAUCAUGUCGGUCACUUUUGACCCCUGCGAGUACUUCCUGUUCUGUGGAGGAAGUGAUGGAAACAUUUUUCAGGUUUCCCUGUGCAGCCAGAGCCUAAGCCGGGAUAAAUCCUUCCAAUCAGAGCCUGAAGGGAACCAGGUGUUCAAAGGACACAGGAACCUGGUGACGUGUCUUUCUGUGUCCAUGGACGGAACUCUGCUCCUCUCCGGGUCACAUGAUGAAACGGUCCGGCUUUGGGACGUUCAGAGUAAACAAAGCAUCCGCUGCCUCACUCACAAAGGUCCCGUGACCAAUGCCGUCAUCAUGGCGGCUCCAGCAAACAUGUUCCUGCCCGACAGUCGGCCCGCCGUUCCCCUGCCGCGCUUCAACCGACACCUGAACGCCUCUGACGGCGAAACGGCAGACGUCUGUGUCCGACCUGGACUCCACACACAGGUGGAGGAGGAAACGUACCUGCAGAAAGCUGAGAAGCUGCACUCCCUGAUGAAUGCUGUGACCAACAAGGCGGUGUUCGGUGACGGUGAAAACACAAAGGUUCGGAUCGCAGAACUUGAAGAAGAAGUUCAGACUCUGAAGAAAGUCAAUAAAGAUUUGUAUGAGUUCUCCACUCAGCUGCUCACCAAACACACAUAAACACAAACACACACAAACACACACACACACACACACACAC